CCGCGAUAUCCGCGGGCAGCCGAGCCAGGAGCAGAGGCGGCCACUGCCAGCGGGGGCAGCUCCGGGGAGCAGGGCGGCCUCGGGGCUCCCUCCUCCUUCUCCUUCUCCUCCUCCUCCUUCUCCUCCUCCUCUGCCGCGCAGCCCCGCGCAGCCCCCCCAGCCCAGCCUCCCUCCGCAGCCAGAGGCAGGAGCGAGCGGCAAGCUCCCUCCGCGGCAGCGGAACAGGGGGCGCGGUGAUGUGAGGAGCGCACCCGGCGGAGGAGGGAAGUCCCGUCGCCAGGAAGGCAGCCGGGAGCUCCUCCACGUUGCAAGGACACUGCCUUUCUGAGAACCAGUAUCUCUCCUGGACAUUUCAAAGGACUACACAGAGAACUUACUUUAUUCUCAAGGGACCUAAGAUACUGCGUUUGGACUUUUAAGUCAGUCCCAGUAUACGGAUGUGGACUUCAGGUAGAAUGAGCAAUGCAAAGAACUUAUUUGGACUUGGCGUCUCCUUGUAUUUUUGUGGACUGAUGGACCUUACUACAACUAUGCUGUCAGGAAGUGCCAGGCCCCUCACUGAAGGGCAAGAAGACAACCUGUCAGACAAGCUGCAUCAGCGUAUGAAGAGGAGCUGGGUGUGGAACCAGUUCUUUGUUCUAGAGGAGUACACGGGAACUGACCCUCUCUACGUCGGGAAGCUCCACUCUGACAUGGACAGGGGAGAUGGUUCGAUCAAAUACAUCCUCUCAGGAGAGGGAGCCGGCAUUGUGUUUACAAUUGAUGAUACAACAGGGGACAUUCAUGCCAUUCAGCGACUGGAUCGGGAAGAAAGGUCACAGUACACCCUCAGAGCGCAGGCUCUGGACAGGCGAACAGGACGGCCCAUGGAACCGGAGUCUGAGUUUAUCAUCAAAAUACAAGACAUCAAUGACAAUGAACCCAAGUUCCUGGAUGGACCUUAUGUAGCCUCUGUUCCAGAAAUGUCACCUGUGGGCACCUCUGUUAUCCAGGUGACAGCGACAGAUGCUGAUGACCCAACCUAUGGGAACAGCGCAAGAGUAGUAUACAGUAUUCUCCAAGGACAGCCAUAUUUCUCUGUGGACUCCCGGACAGGCUUAAUUAGAACAGCUCUAAUGAACAUGGACCGAGAAGCAAAAGAAUAUUAUGAAGUGAUUAUCCAGGCCAAGGAUAUGGGUGGACAGCUGGGAGGAUUAGCUGGAACAACCACAGUCAACAUCACCCUCUCUGAUGUCAAUGAUAAUCCACCCAGAUUUCCACAGAAGCAUUAUCAGAUGAGUGUGCUGGAGUCCGCUCCUGUCAGCUCCACUGUGGGCCGUGUGGUUGCUAAAGACCUGGAUGAAGGCAUUAAUGCAGAGAUGAAAUACAGUCUUGUGGAUGGAGAUGGCCUGGAUGUCUUUGACAUUAACACUGAUCCUAAUUACCAAGUUGGCAUCAUAACUGUGAGAAAGCCUUUAAGUUUUGAAAGCAAGAAAAGCUAUACCUUGAAAGUAGAGGGUGCCAACCCCCAUCUGGAAAUGCGUUUUCUGAAUCUGGGUCCCUUCCGUGACACCACCACCGUCCACAUCAGCGUGGAGGAUGUGGAUGAACCCCCUGUGUUUGAGCCCAGCAUCUACUUUGUGGAAGUGCCUGAGGAUGUGGAUAUUGGAACCACCAUACAGAUCAUUUCUGCCAAGGACCCAGAUGUGACCAACAACUCCAUCAGAUACUCAAUUGACAGGAACAGUGAUCCGGGACGGUUCUUUUAUGUCGACAUUACAUCAGGAGCACUGAUGACUGCAAGACCUCUUGACCGGGAGGACAUUUCUUGGCACAACAUCACUGUGCUAGCCAUGGAGCUGAAUAACCCUUCGCAGGUGGGCAGCGUCUCUGUGACAGUGAAAGUCCUGGAUGUGAACGAUAAUGCACCAGAGUUUGCAAGAUUUUAUGAAGCAUUUGUUUGUGAAAAUGCCAAAGCAGGGCAGCUGAUCCAGACAGUGAGUGCCAUCGACAGGGAUGACCCGCAGGAGGGUCAGCACUUCUACUACAGCCUGGCUCCAGAGGCAGCCAACAAUCCCAACUUUACUUUAAGGGACAAUCAAGACAAUACAGCAUGGAUUUUGACAAGGCGAUCUGGCUUCAGACAACAUGAGCAAAACACCUUCUACCUGCCCAUCCUGAUCAGCGACAACGGCCGCCCUGUGCUGAGCAGCACGUGCACACUGACCGUGCACGUGUGCAGCUGCGAUGAUGAGGGCAUGGUGAUGUCCUGCAACGCAGAAGCCUACGUCCUUCCUGUCAGCCUGAGCAGAGGGGCACUCAUUGCCAUCCUCGCCUGCAUCUUUGUCCUGUUAGUGUUGGUGCUCCUCAUCCUCUCCAUGCGGCGCCAGCGGAAGCAGCCAUACAUCAUUGACGAGGAGGAGAACAUCCAUGAGAACAUCGUCAGGUAUGAUGAUGAGGGUGGCGGGGAGGAGGACACAGAGGCCUUUGAUAUUGCUGCCAUGUGGAAUCCGCGGGAGGCUCAGCUGGUGGUGAAAAACCGGCAGGACAUGCUCCCUGAAAUAGAGAGCCUCUCCCGAUACGUGCCUCAGGCAUGUGUCAUGGACAACAACGUCCACAACUACGUGCUUGCCAAGCUCUAUGAAGCCGACAUGGACCUGUGGGCACCUCCCUUCGACUCCCUCCAGACAUACAUGUUUGAAGGGAACGGCUCGGUGGCAGAGUCGCUCAGCUCCCUACAGUCGGUGACGACAGACUCAGACCAGAGCUACGACUACCUGACGGACUGGGGGCCGCGCUUCAAAAAGCUGGCCGAGAUGUACGGUGCCACAGACAGCAGCGGGGCUCUGUGGUAACAGAUGAGGAAUGGCAGAGGGCUUUCCACGUGAAAUGGUGUCCAGUUCGGUCCAUUCUCAUCAGAUGCUUCCAUGGACAUGGGUAAGGCCUCCUAAAAAAAUAGCAAUACGGUGCUUGGAUGAGAACGGGAAGAAAGGCGCGAAUGAAGGUCUCUCUGGAUCAGCUUUACUCAGUUAAAUUAAGUCACAUUUUUGAAACUAUGAGAACCAGAAGGAAGUAAGUUUUUUCCUGGUUUUUACUGAAAAAUUGGAGAGCUCCACGUCUGGAAUACAAUGACAUUACUCUCUCUCCCUCGUCCUUUCUCUCCCCCUUGUACACGGCAGCUUGCUGAGCUCUAUACAUCUGGGUUCAAAUAUCUGUAAACUCCAACUGUAAUUUUCAACUCACUGAGAAAUUGCCACCACAAAAAAGUUGUUCCCCAUUGGUUACAUGUUCCCCAUUAAAAAGGAAAAAAAUUUGCUUGCUAA